GAGGACAUGAGCUCUCCGACAAGACGCGAACAUGAAAAACAACGAACUCCUUCGCUAUACAAACCCCUCCGACUCACCGCCCGAAACAUGAACAGAGAUCACCACACAUCACAUUUACAGCACAGAGAUUCAACUCCAUGGCAAUCAUGGCUGCUGCCUCUCCCUCCUCUUCCAUUUAUCACCGAGUCUCGUUCUCCCCGAAAUACCCAGCUGCCCUUUCCCGCGAUUUUCACCACCGCCCAAGACUCCUCCGGCUCGGCUCUCCCCGGUUACGGGCUUCCACGGCCGUGCGGGCGAGCUCCGCUGUUGCUGACGUCGAGAAACCGGAGCUAGCCACCGAACAGAGCCAGACUCUGGAUACUGAAAUAUUCUCGUGUCCGAUCUGCUACGAGCCACUCAUAAGAAAAGGCCCGCCAGGUCUAAACUUGAGAGCUGUCUAUAGGUCGGGGUUCAAGUGUGAGAAAUGCGAUAAGACUUAUUCUAGCAAAGACAACUAUCUUGAUCUCACUCUCAUAGCGGGGCUGAAGGAAUACAAUGAAGUCAAACCAGUUGGGACCGAACUGUUCAGGAGCCCACUUGUAUCAUUUUUAUACGAAAGAGGUUGGCGACAAAACUUCGACCGAAGUGGCUUCCCUGGUCCUGAUGAAGAAUUUGAAAUGGCUCAAAAGUACUUUAAACCUGCAGAAGGUGGACUUCUAGUUGAUGUUAGCUGUGGGAGUGGUCUUUUCUCGAGGAGAUUUGCCAAAUCAGGAACUUAUUCGGGAGUUAUCGCCCUUGAUUUCUCUGAGAACAUGCUCCGUCAGUGCUAUGAUUUCAUCAAAAGCGAUGCCUCUGUAAUGGACACGAACCUCGCUCUCGUGAGAGCUGAUGUCGCGAGACUUCCCUUUGCAUCAGGCUCAGUUGAUGCAGUACAUGCUGGUGCAGCUCUGCAUUGCUGGCCAUCACCUUCUAAUGCCAUUGCAGAGAUCACCCGUGUUCUGCGUAGCGGGGGAGUGUUCGUUGGGACCACCUUUCUUCGGUACACUCCAUCUACUCCGAGAAUCUUAAGGCCAUUGAGACAGGUUUUUCUGACAAACUACAACUACCUGACGGCGGAGGAGAUCGAGGAUGUGUGCACAUCGUGCGGCCUCACCAAUUACACAAGCGAAAUUCGGCAAUCCUUUAUCAUGUUCUCCGCUCAGAAGCCCUGAGACAGUAAUCAGCUUUUUGAGCCAUUCAUAAACACCAUAUUAUAUGCUUUCCUCCAUAAUUCGUUCUUAUCUCUAUCGAUUGUUAAUGACACUCGGCUUAUUAAUGUACAACACAUGAAGACCACAGGACACUGAGAGCUGGGCAUAUCUUAAAAUGUUGUAAAGUCUUGCCUUUCCUCUUAUGCUAAUAAUAUAUGUACUCUCUGCUUACUUUUUGCUGGUGAUUUUCAAUAAAUGGAGAGAUUUGUAUCCUAA